AUGUCCAAACUCGUAAAUUUUGUGCUUGGUAUUUUUUGUAUCAAGGGUGAGCGGUUGGAAAUGGAAGAAUCAGAGAAGGAGGUCGAGGAGACUAAUGAAGAUGCACCAGAAGUCAACGGCAAUGAGAUGAGUUCUCUAGCACCAAAGAACAACCAAGGACUGAUGAACGGAAUAAAAAUUAAUAUGAAUCAGAUGAAAGAAGCACCACUCGGUUUCACUGAAGAGGUGAUCAACCAACUGUUCACUCUUACUGAAGUGUGCGGCGAAAAAAAUUCUGGCCACAUUUUCAUUCAAAACGAUAUCGAGUCCCUUCAUCGCCUGGUGGAUUGUCUGGAUGCCACCAAUGCGUAUCACGAAUCUCUGGCAAACAUUCGGAUGAAAAUCAGACACAAUCAGUGA